CCGAUGCUCUCUGUCCAACCCAAAGGGAAGCAGAAGGGCUGCGCGGGCUGUAACCGCAAGAUCAAGGACCGCUACCUGCUGAAGGCUCUGGACAAGUACUGGCACGAAGACUGUCUCAAGUGCGCCUGCUGUGACUGCCGCCUGGGCGAGGUGGGCUCCACCCUCUACACCAAGGCCAACCUCAUCCUGUGCCGACGCGACUACCUGAGGCUGUUUGGCACCACAGGAAACUGCGCUGCUUGCAGCAAGCUGAUCCCAGCCUUCGAGAUGGUGAUGCGGGCCCGGGACAACGUGUAUCACCUCGACUGCUUCGCCUGCCAGCUCUGCAACCAGAGAUUUUGUGUGGGAGACAAAUUUUUCCUGAAGAACAACAUGAUCUUGUGUCAGAUGGACUAUGAGGAGGGGCAGCUCAACGGCACCUUUGAAUCCCAGGUGCAGUAA